AUGGCGCCAGCGCCGCUUGCCGCUGCCCUGUUCCUGGGAUCGCUGCUGUCGCUGGCGAACGGGCACGCGUACAUCACGCAGCCCGCGAUGCGCGGAGGCGCGUUCAACCAGCCGCUGAACGGGUACUGCCCGCAGUGCCUCGGCUCCUCCAGCCUGCCCCUGCCCACCUGCGGCCAGCGCAAGUUUCUGGACGUGUCCGGUCCCGUGACAGAGCUGCGCGCCGGGGAGUUGGCCGAGUUCGCGAUCCGCAUGACGGCGCACCACAAGGGGCACUUCGUCUUCAGACUUUGCGACAGGCAUCUCGACGGCACUUCUGGCGGGUUCCAGGCGGAGGAGGCCUGUCUCAACGAGCACGUCCUGAAGCGCGCAAGGCCGGAGGAGGUGCACUCGGACUGCGGCCCGAACGACAGUCGCGGCGACUGCCAGCCAUACGACGAGGCCAACCCCGGCUACUGGUACCUGCCUCCUCCCGGCCAGUCCGAGUACAGGUUCCACUACUGGAUCCCCAGCAACCUCACUUGCCAGAGCUGCACGCUGCAGUGGUGGUGGAUGAGCGCCAACAGCUGCACGCCGCACCGCGACGCCUACGCCUGCUACUUCAGGGAGAUGGCCAGGAGCGGCUGGAACGCCGUCGCGUGGUGGGGAGGCGCCAGCGCCUCUGCCAACUGCCCCGCCGUGCAGGCGCCCCCCAGGGAGUGCGGCGAGCAGUUCAAGAACUGCGCUGACGUACGCGUCGUGGACGGCAGCGGCACCUUCGCGCCCACGCCGCCGCCGGCCCCCACGCCGCCGCCCACGCCUGCGCCCACGCUCGCUCCUGGCGCCGGCUGCGUGCACCAGACCGACUGCUCGCGCAGCGCCUGGUGCAACGACCCCAAGUUCACCACCUGGUGCCCGGGCCACCCGGCCAGCAACUGCCCGUCCCCCCACUGCACGGUGAGCGGCGGCCGCCCUGGCCAGGCGCCGACGGCCGCGCCGACCGCGCGCCCCACCGCGCCGCCGACGCAGGCUCCGUCCACGACUUCGGCGCCCAGGCCGACGCUGCCGUCGCCGGCGACAUCGUCAAUCACUCCCACGACGACCGGCAGCGCGCAGCCGCCGACUCUGCCGUCGUCGACGGCGGGCCCGCCGUCCCCCACGGUGUCGCCGAUGCCCUCGCCGGCGCCAUCUUCGACGCCAGCGCCAUCGCCAUUGCCAUCGCCGGCGCCAUCCCCGGCGCCCCCCGUAAGCAUUGCUUGCACCGAGUGCGCUGCGACGCACCCCGGUGCAGCUUGCGUCUGGCCGACGGGGCAGUGCUACAGGGUGCUGGAGGACAUCUGCGCGCACUUCCAGGGCACCUGGUGCGUGCGCUGCGACGCACCCCGGUGCAGCUUGCGUCUGGCCGACGGGGCAGUGCUACAGGGUGCUGGAGGACAUCUGCGCGCACUUCCAGGGCACCUGGUGCGGUGGCGCGUCCCUGGCGGAGUCCGGGCGGACCAAGACCAAGCGCCACCACGCGUUUCUGGGCGUCGCACUGCUUCAGGCGCCUGCCCUGGAGCUGAGGCAGCACGGGGUGUUGUGAGGGCCACUGUGGGCAAUUUUUGA